CUUUUGGAAUCUCCGGUCCCCCACUUCGAACCGCGCGCGCCUCCCCUCCCCUCCCCUCCCCUCCCCCGCCGCCUGCCGCCGUGGGAACCACCGCCCCUCGAGCGGGAGGGAGGGCAGCGCCGCCGCCCCUGACCUCCCUUCUCCUCCUCCUCCUCCUCCGCGCCAGGCAGCUGCAGCGGGGGAGCAAGGAUUAGUGUCCCCCCGCCACCGCCAGCCACGGGUGUUUCUCUGUUUGUUUCCGUUUUUGGCCGGCCGCCGGCGGGAGGCCGAGGGGAGGGAAGGGCUCGGACGUCGUGGCGUGGACCCCACCUGGCCCUGCCCGCGGCUGCCUCCUUAAAUACGCGGCCGCCCAUCACCUGCGCUGCGAUUCCGCUCCGCCCCCGCAAUCUCGAGCCGAGCGGGGAGACGCGUCACGUCCGUCUCCUCCUCCUCCUCCUCCAGGGGGCAUGCGAUUUUGGAGGUGGAGUUGAUACUUGAUCGAGAUGGUUAAAGUAGAAGCUGAUGUGGAGGACAGUGGCAUCAAUGCUUCUGUUGGUGAUCUCAGGGAUGCUGCUGUCAAUCCACAGCCUUCCCUGCUGCAUGCUACUGUUAAGGAAGAGGAAGGACAAGCAAGCUCUUCCUCCAGUCAUGUACGAUCACAAUUUAUUGGUAUGGGGUUUUCACCAAAGUUGGUCGACAAGGUGCUUCAGAAACAUGGUGACAAGGAUUCAGAUGCUAUAUUAGAGUCUCUUUUGUCCCAGUCUGCUCUUCAAAAAUCUGGGUCAGAAUCAUCGAGUUCAUUGGGAGAUCUCUUUGAUUCUGAUAAUGAAGAAAAUACUUCCCAUUUAGAGUCUAAGAAAGAAGUUAUCCAAGACAUUAAGGUCGAAGCUGAUUCGUUCUCAGAAAAGAGAUCAUAUCUACUGAGUAUAAUGAACUUCUCGCAGCGAGAAGUUGAUGUGGCACUCAACCAACUAGGUGAGGAAGCAUCACUAGAACAACUUGUAGAUUGCAUUGUCACUGGUCAAGUGGCAGGUUUCUCUGGAGGAAAGGAAAAUGGAGAUGCUUCAAAUGAGGGAAAGGCUGAAUCACUAUUUGGAGUAAUGGACAAAACACUACAUUUGCUCCAGAUGGGUUUUACUGAGGAAGAAGUGUCAUCUGUCAUUGAAAAAUUUGGUCUAGAAACACCAGUUUUGGAGCUGGCAGAUGCAAUUUUUGCAAGUAGAAUUGCCAGUAGCAUCGAGCAGAAAGAGGUCAAAGUGGAACCUGACUUACUAGAUGAGGCAGAAACCAACUAUACAGAAUACCAUCCCUCAAAUUCAGGUCUAAGAUACUAUGAUGAUGACUAUGACAAUUCAAGGAUUAAAAGAGCUAAGCAUAUGUUUAUAGAUGACAGUGGGGGUUCCAGUAGUCGUUCUGGCAAUCAACCUAGCUUAAAUCCAUGGCUUAAGGAUCACAGUUCCAGAGCAAGUGAUGGGUUUGUCAAGGAAGAACUCGAUGAAACGACAACGGGCAUCCGUGCAAAGGUCCGUGGUGACAUUGCCAAUCCCCCAUAUUUCUUCUACGGAAAUGUUGUUGAAAUUCCCAAAGGUACAUGGCGUCAACUAUCGGAGUUCUUAUACAAUGUGGAGCCUGAGUUUGUAGAUAGCCAAUUUUUCUCAGCUCUCUUGCGAAAGGAGGGUUACAUUCAUAACCUUCCAACAGAGAGAAGGCGUCGUGUGGUUCCCAAGUCACCAUUGACUAUUGAAGAUGCAUUCUCAUUCACAAGGCUGUUCUGGCCCUCAUGGGACACAAGGAAACAAUUCAACAGUGUUACUGGAGAAGUGGCAGGAAUUGAGCAGUUAUGUGAGAAACUGGGGAGGUUGAUAAAAGAUUCAGGAGGUUUUCUUUCACAAGAAAAGAAAAUUCACAUUAUGCACCAGUGCAAGUUAGCAAACCUUAUUUGGGUUGGUCCAGAUAAGUUGGCCCCUUUGGAGCCUCAGCAGAUUGAACGGGUACUUGGUUACCCACGCAACCACACAAACCUGUUUGGUCUGAAUCCACAAGAUAGGAUUGCAGCCAUGAGAUACAGUUUUCAGACUGACACACUCUGCUAUCUUUUGUCAGUCCUGAAGGACCUGUAUCCAGAUGGGUUAAGGGUGCUAUCGAUCUACAGUGGAAUUGGAGGUGCAGAAAUCGCCCUCCAUCGCCUUGGCAUUCCACUACAGUGUGUAGUUUCUGUGGAACAAAAUGACAUAAACAGGAAAAUUUUAAGAAGGUGGUGGCAGAAAACUGAACAGAAGGGUGAACUGAGGCAAAUAAAUAACAUUUGGAAGCUGAAGAUAAAUAUACUGGAGGACCUGGUGAAAGAGUUUGGUGGUUUUGACCUAAUUUUUGGUGGAAAUUUCAGUUCCUGUAAGGGCGGCACAACGGUAAAUACAACAAUGGGUAUGGAUUCCAACCAAUUUUAUGAGUUUGUUCGUGUUGUUCAAAGAGUGAAGCAUAUAAUGGGCCGGCUCCAGUGAUCUACAUCCGACAACUCGCUCCAUCAAAUUGAUGUAUGUGGUCUUGUAGGGACGGUGUAGCAUAGCGCCACGUGGAUCUGUAGAUUAUCUGUUAUGGAUCAGUUGCUCUCGACUACUUGAAUCUUGGUCCACGGGAACUUUGUGAUGGCGGUUAAUAUUCGUACAUUGGAUUAAUUACCUUUCUUAUUCCUAGUGUUGUUAGUAUUAUGUUCUAUUCUUUGAUUAUAAUUACUUCCUAUGAUGUUUCCAGAGUUAUUCUGUUUGCCUGUUUGUAAUCGCUUGGUAGAUUGGGACUAAGCGAUCAUUUUGCCGGGUCACCUUGCAGGAGUCAUUACUGUGAUACCAAAGUAUCCAGCUCGCCAAAUUACACCUCUUUCAUUUUUUACAAUGUCACCGAUUGAUACAAUAUUUUUCUCACACUUGUACAAGAACAAUUUGUUCAUAGCAAAGAUGAAACAUCGUCAUUCAU